AUGUCGCUGGAAAAGUUGGCGAUUGACUGGGUACAGCGCUGCCUUCUGGAACGUCCCAAUCCGAACCUUUACCCGCAGUAUCGGGGCACGGGACAGGCAAUAUCGGUCGUUGUCGACGACAACCCAAACCUGGUGGAUAUAGUGCAGGGUUGGUACGAAGAAGGAAAGAAUUACGUCUUCAAAAACAACACAUGCGAAGGCAUCUGCGAUGACUACAUCCAGGAAUAUUCGCUGUCGCUGGAGAAGCUCGCGGUUGAUUGGGUGAAGCUCUGCCGAUUUGAGUAUCCCAAUUUGAACAUCUACCCUAAAUAUCGCGGUGUAGGACAACUACUAACACUAAUUGGAGGCAGCAAACCGGAACUUGUGGACGCAGCCCACACUUGGUACGACCAAGGAAAGACCUAUCACUUUGCAAACAACACAUGUGAAGACUAUUGCGGAGGUUACUUGCAGAUGGUGUGGGCAAAAUCAGUAAGGCUGGGUUGUGCAAUGAUGCGCUGUGACCACGUCAAGCCAUCUUGGAGCAAACCCGUCUACAUCGUGACCUGCUUAUACCGACCCGGGAGGAAUAGUCGUGAAAAGAGGCCCUACAUCGCUGGGCCAAGCUGUAGCCAAUGUCCCCGGGAAUAUGAAUGCCACGGCAAACAGUGUGUCAUGAAUCCGGAUGCUGAGUUAAUUGAACUAGGUGACAACGGUAGACCCCGCAGAUGA